ACUUCAGUGUUGGAGGUGUGGAAGGCUGAGACAAGUUCAGACAAUUUCCAGGAAAUGUAGAAGUUAAUCUACUGGUACCUAUAGAGAUUCUCAGUCAAAAAGAUGCUUUUUGUUCAAGAGGCAACUAGACUUUCUGGUUCUUUUUCUUUGAAAACAUUUCGCUUCUCAUUCAAGAAGCUUCUUCAGCUCUGAUGUCCAAUUGCUUCUUGAAAAAACAUCUUUGGGUUAAACUGUUGAUACUGUUUAAACACAUAUAUGAGAGCCAAUUUGGUCUUGUGGUUAUGUCAGCAGGUUAGAAAGCAGGAGACUGUGAGCCUUAGCUAUCUGUGAAAGCCAACUGGGUGACCUUGGGCCAGUCACACACUUUCUCAUGGGGUGGUUGUGGGGCAAAUAGGAACAGUUAUUGAGUUAUUUGUAAAAACAAUAAAUGCUGGCUACAAAUAAAUAUUGACCAUGAUAUGAUAAUUAUAGGGAAGCGGUGACUCAGGGGCUAAUAUGCUGAGCUUGUCGAUCGAAAGGUUGGCAGUUCAGCGGUUCGAAUCCCUAGUCCUGUGUAAUGGGGUGAGCUCCCUUACUUCUCCCAGCUUCUGCCAAUCUAGCAGUUCGAAAGCACGUAAAAAAUGCUAGAAAAAAUAGGGACCACCUUUGGUGGGAAGGUAACAGCAUACCGUGCGCCUUUGGCAUUUAGUCAUGCCGGCCACAAUACCACGGAGACAUCUUCAGACAGCGCUGGUUCUUCAGCUUUGAAACGGAGAUGAGCACCGCCCCUUGAGCCGGGAACGACUAGCACUUAACUUCCCAAAUGUGACCCAUGAUGUAUUCAAUUUCACCCUUCAUACCACCCUGGCCCUCACCACAAAACUAGUGCUUCCUACACCUGCCAAACCAAUCCUCCCAGUGCAAACUGGUGUCCAGGCUCAACAGGAAGAACAGUCGAGUGGCAUGACUAUAUUCUUUAGUCUCCUUGUACUAGAUUUGAAUCAAUUGGAUAGAAGUAACAACUGUAUCCAUGUAUAUCAGAAUGAAAUAUAUCACAAGAAUGCUGUGAAAAUAAAUGCGAUACACAGCUAUUUGCAUCAUAUUGGUGCAUUUAUUGAUAAGAUACAGACUGCAUUUCUUGCCAGAGAGUGUUGCUGUUGUUUCUCUAGGUAUCUUGAUGGGGGCAGUUAUAAAAAUUAUAGAAUCUCAAAAGCUGGCCAACUGGAAGGAAGAAGAAAUGUUUCGUCCUAAUAUGUUUUUUCUUCUUUUACUUCCGCCGAUUAUAUUUGAAUCUGGGUAUUCAUUGCACAAAGGGAACUUCUUCCAAAACAUAGGCUCCAUCACCUUGUUUUCUGUAAUUGGGACAGCUAUUUCAGCUUUCAUAGUUGGCGGAGGAAUUUACUUUCUUGGUCAGGCUGAUGUAAUUUAUAAACUGAAUAUGACUGACAGUUUUGCCUUUGGUUCCUUGAUCUCUGCUGUUGAUCCAGUAGCUACUAUUGCUAUCUUUAAUGCUCUUAAUGUGGACCCUGUGCUUAACAUGCUAGUCUUUGGAGAAAGCAUUCUCAAUGAUGCAGUCUCAAUUGUCCUGACAAAUACAGCAGAAGGUUUGACAAGAGAACAUACAUCUGAUGUAAAUGGAUGGCAAACGUUUUUACAAGCACUGGCUUACUUUCUGAAGAUGUUCUUUGGUUCUGCCGCACUGGGGACACUGACUGGUCUUAUUUCUGCAUUAGUACUGAAACAUAUUGAUUUACGAAAAACUCCUUCCCUGGAGUUUGGAAUGAUGAUUAUCUUUGCAUAUCUUCCUUAUGGACUUGCAGAAGGAAUUUCUCUCUCAGGUAUCAUGGCUAUCUUGUUUUCCGGCAUUGUAAUGUCUCACUACACCCAUCAUAAUCUUUCUCCGGUUACACAGAUCCUAAUGCAGCAGACUCUGAGAACUGUUGCAUUCAUGUGUGAAACAUGCGUUUUUGCAUUUCUGGGCCUGUCAAUUUUUAGCUUCCCUCACAAGUUUGAAAUGUCCUUUGUCAUCUGGUGCAUAGUGCUUGUCCUUUUUGGUAGAGCAGUCAAUAUUUUCCCCCUCUCUUAUUUGCUCAAUUUCUUCCGUGAUCACAAGAUCACUCCCAAAAUGAUGUUCAUCAUGUGGUUUAGUGGUUUACGUGGGGCAAUUCCGUAUGCCUUGAGCCUCCACUUGGGCCUGGAACCAAUUGAGAAGCGGCAGUUGAUUGGCACUACCACAAUCAUCAUUGUGCUGUUCACAAUCUUAUUGCUGGGUGGAGGAACAAUGCCUUUAAUCAGGCUGAUUGACAUUGAAGACUCUAAAGCCCGGCGGAAGAACAAGAAGGAUAUCAAUCUCAGCAAAACAGAGAAAAUGGGCAACACCAUUGAAUCUGAACACUUAUCUGAACUGACAGAGGAAGAAUAUGAAGCUCAUUAUAUAAAGCGGCAGGAUCUCAAAGGCUUUAUGUGGCUUGAUGUCAAAUAUUUGAAUCCUUUCUUUACCAGACGGCUCACCCAAGAGGACCUACAUCAUGGGCGCAUACAGAUGAAAAGCCUUACCAACAAAUGGUAUGAGGAGGUACGACAAGGACCUUCUGGAUCAGAAGAUGAUGAGCAGGAGUUGUUGUAGCAGGCUGUUGGACGUGCGCGCUUCUGCUGGCAUCACCAACUUUAAUUUUAAGGCAGACACUCACACACAUACCAUGUGCAACUUGGUAAGGUUGUUGUCAAGUGACUCUUUGUCCAGUAUAAAGUUGUGUCACGUGCUGGAAUGCAUCUCUAAUGCCAUUUUUAAAAACUCUUUUGAAAUUAUGGCACCUGUUCAGGCAGCAAUUCUCCCAAAUACAAUGGGAUAAUUAAUGGAUAAUAGGGUAAUUAGAAACAUGGUUGGGACUGUCUUUGCUUUUCGGCUGUAAAUGUAUGUUAAAGAAAAUUCUGUAGAAGAGCUUUAAAAAAAAAAUUAGUGCACUUUACUGUACUUUUGCCAAUAUACUGGCCCUGUACUGGAAGGACAAUGCUGUGAAUUUGUAUUGACGGUGAGCAAGUAAGUGUAUUUAAGGCUUAUCUUUACAUUGCUCUUUAAAUAUUUAUUGAACUCAGGGUACAGAGUGACAGAAGACAGAAGCAGCUAAUUAAAGGCCCUUGGCCUUUGGGAUUUCUAGAAAUGUUCAUUCCAAUUUGUUAUUUCUAAGUUUGAAACAACUUGACACACAGUUCCAUACCAUAACUUCAGAUCAUUUGAUUCCAGAAUAAAGCUUUAUUUGAAAUCUG